CUCUUGUGUGUAUCUCGUUUUGCGGAGCGGGCGCGCGGUCACACAGCUCGAGCCUCUGGAAUGAAUUGAGGCAGAAGGCAGGCAGUUAUGGAAAAAGUAUGUGCACACAUGGACCGCAAACAUGGAAUAUUAUGAAAGAAAACGAAAAGGCAGCGCUGUCAUUUUCUACGUCGGAAUUCAGCGGUGACACCAAGUGUGAGUCUGUGGGUGGCAGAAAGAACUUUUGGCUUAACAGCUCGCAGCUACGGGAUAUUUGCACAACAAUGGCAACUCCCUAUCAGUGAGGAACUUUGCUGCCCUGCACCCCCUCUUCCCUCUGUCCCUGACACCUUGACACAACUAUUUUCCGUCUACUAUUUCCUUUUGUCCCUUUCUCCAUCUUCCUAAAGCCCUCCAGUUCAAUUGCUCUUUCCUCCGAACCCCCUCUUUGUUUCAAACAUGGACUCCUCUGGAGAAAUAACCUCAGCCCAGGAUGGACAUAUGGACCCCAGUCGCAGCCCCAGUCGCUCUGAUCUCAGCGGACUGUACCAACUUGGUCGGACAUUGGGCAGGGGCCACUUUGCUGUGGUCAAACUGGCUCGUCAUGUCAACACAGGGCAACUGGUUGCUGUCAAGAUGAUUGACAAGACAAAACUUGAUGUUAUGGCAACAAGCCACCUCUUACAGGAAGUGAGGUGCAUGAGGCUGGUGCAGCAUCCCAAUGUGGUUCGCCUCUACGAGGUCAUCGACACGCCCACCACCCUGUACCUCAUCAUGGAGCUGGCCGAGGGGGGCGACCUCUACGACUACAUCCUCCGUCAUGAGGGAGGCGUGGCUGAGGUCACCGCCAAGCGCCAUUUUGCCCAGAUUGUGUGUGCUGUGGCAUACUGCCACCAGCUCCAUGUGGUGCACCGGGACUUGAAGCCCGAAAAUGUGGUGUUCUUUCCCCAGCAAGGAGCGGUGAAGCUGACAGACUUUGGGUUCAGCAACCUAUUCCAACCCGGGACAAUGUUGGCCACCAGCUGUGGGUCGCUGGCGUACUCCGCUCCAGAGAUUCUGCUGGGAGAAGAGUAUGAUGCUCCAGCUGUGGAUAUCUGGUCUCUUGGGGUGAUCCUGUACAUGUUGGUGUGUGGAGUCCCUCCCUUCCAGGAAACCAACGACAGUGAGACGCUGGUCAUGAUUCUGGACUGUCGCUACUGCGUCCCCAAACAUGUUUCAGACGACUGCAGAGAUCUUAUCUCCAGGAUGCUCCAGAAGGACCCGUCUUGCCGCGCCUCACUCGAGGAAAUUGAGGCUCAUCACUGGCUGCAAGGGCUGGAUAAUGCCUUGCUCAGCCCAGAGGCCCCCCCACACUGGCUCUCAGGGGCCCUCUCCCCCUGCUCUCCCCGCUCAGGAGUACCUGAAUGUGGGGACCUGCUCGCCGCCAGGCCCCCGCCUCAGCAGGCUUUCCCUGGCCCCUGGCAGCCCAGCCUCAGCCUCACCCUCCGUCCACCUCCGGCUGAAGAGCCUCCGGCCACCAAGAACUUGCCUGCACUACAGCAGAUCUGUGAGGAGGAAGAAGAAGAAGAAGAAGAAGAAGAGGAGGAGGAGGAGGAGGAAGAGGAGGAGGAGGGGGGCAGUUUGGCAAAGGAGGGUGAAUGUUUAGUAGCAGAGCCAGAGAAAGAAACUGAGGAGAUGCUUGAUGGUGCAGAUGAUCAAGAUUGCAGGGUAGAGGAAGAAAAGCAACAAUUAAGAAGCUUAGUGGAGAUAAUAGAGGAGGAAGAGGAGGAGCAGGAAGAGAUGGCGAUGGAAAUAGAGAAAGAAGACGGUGGGUGUGUGAUUUCAGACCAGCCAGUCAGAAAUGGAGACAAGCCGAUCAGUCAGACACCUGAAGCCUCACCAUCAUCUCUGCCUGGUUUGGGGGUACCGUGCUGUCAGGGGCAACCAGACUCCACAAGCCCAGAGGAAGGAAACGACGAGGGGACAGAACCUAACAACAACACCAACAAACCUCCUCCUCUCCUCCCCGCAUCCUCUUCCAGACUCAUCCGGAACGAGAAAGAGGCACAAAAAACAGAAAGAGAAGGAGAACAAGACGAGAAAGCAGAGGGUGGAAGAGACGACCUCUUAACAGAGAGAUCUCAACCCCUCAAUGCAUUGGGGACCCGGGAUGAGGCUGCUCCGAGGGUAGAGCAGGGGAAACGACAUAGCAUAAAGCUGCGUGAGAGACUCUUUCAGUUUCCUCUGUGUGAGAAAGCUCUGGCCUUGAACAUACCGACACACAACAAGCCCAAGAUCCUGCCGCUGACUCAGUACAACUGCUGCCAUGUGCUGUAAGUGAAAGCAGCCUGUGUGCUGCCUGCGGUGUGCUGCUUGCUCACUUGGGACAUGCAAACUGUUUAGCAGUGGGCAGGUGGCUGGCUACAGAGCACACACCUUGUGAAAUGGCAAACGGCUGCGCUCCCUGCUGAGCCUUUCUGCUACAGAGACCUUGAGGCAGGAGAGCAGAGGCCCUCAGCAUGCAAACACCAAACGUGCAGGAUGGGACGUGUACAGCUUGUGCUCAUGUAAUAAACAUUGUGUUAAGCUAGCGGUGGUGUACAGCACAGUGGUAGAGCUGGGCGAUAAUCAAAUAUUACAAUAUUUUUCACCAAACACAUCGAUAACGAUCGAUAUUGCGGCAAUAUUGUAGGGUUGACUAUUGGGUAUGUUAACACAAUGAGAGUUUUGAUAAAUAAUCACCAAUCAUGUGAAUACAAUGACUAAGUGGAUAAAGGCAAAUAAUAAAACUAGCUAGUAAGUCUGGGUAAGUUCAGAAAAUGACAUCACUUUACUGUAAUGCAGCCUCUAAAACCAGGAAAAGACAACACUUGCAUCAUCAUCACAAUUUCACGAUAUCCAAAAUGUAAGACGAUAUCUAGCCUCAUAUAUCAAUGUCGAUUAUAAUAUUGAUGUAUUGCCCAGCCCUACACAGUAGUCAGACUCCGUAGAACCUCGUGCAUUUGUUCUUGUUACAGGAGCAACCCCAGAGAUACAAUGACUAGACUGUGUCCAAUCUGUAGCUUAGAAACAACACUGGACCUACAGGGAGGAGGGAGGGAGAAUGAAGAAAGAUGACGACAGUAAGAGAUAGGCAACUGUAUUUAUUGAAUAAGCUUUAGUCUGUUUUGUUUGUUUAAAAGGUGCCUACAAUGAUGAAAUGGGUUUCAUACUGUACAUGGCCACUGUGUCAUUUUAUUUCUGACUGUAAAAAGCUCUAAAAGACAGAAUGGUCUAGCACUCGGUAGAGCCAUGAUUUCAUCAUUUCUAGUAUAUGAAUUAGAAUAAACCAAUGAACCAGCUUCUGCUACAGAGUAGCACUUGUUUCUUCUCUUCCCUUUGCACAACCUGCUUCUCUCAUUGGUUUAAAAGCUCUUAAUAUAAGCUCUAUUAAAGAAAGACUGAGACUGUUAUGAUGUGAUAUAUGAUAUGAUACUGUGUAAUAUAUAAGACUAAGAUGAUAUGAUUUUCUGUUCUCUUAAUCCUGAAGUCUAAUUGAUAUAAUGACUUGUCCUAACAUACUGUAUACUACUAUUGAUAGGAUCAUUGAUCAUUGAUUGGGAUGCAGGUCUUCCGUUGUAUUUGAACUUGUUCUUUUUAUUCAUACUGAACAGUUUAAUAAUAUUUGAUCAUAACAGUUUUAUUUUGGAUGUGCAGAUAUAUGAAUUUUCUUGAUUUUGGUUUUAUAUAACGUGACAAAGAUAUUAAUUAUCUGAAGAGAUAUGUGACUUUGUGCAUGUUAUUACUGUUAUUUAUCACAAUAUACCUCCAUGUGUCUUGGAUCUGACAGGACAUUGUUCUUGUGUAACUGUAAGUACCUUGAGGUAACCCACUGAAUGAUGAAUUGCACACAGUAUGACUACUGUAGCUGGUAGCUUUCUACAAGCAGUAUCCUUGGACUGAUGGAUAGAUGUGUUGGCCAUUUGGCCCGAAUGAUGUGAUAUGUUAUUGUGUAGCUUAGGAGUCCCUCCGUAUGGUAUUAUUUUACCAUAUAAUGCCUCUGUGUUCCUAUAUUUUCUCAUGCACACUGUAUUUUUCCUCUUUAUCUUUAUCAGACAAGAAGUGAAAAAAUUCAUUAAGUUAAAGAAGGCCAAAGCUGUACAAUAAGCUAAGGAGCGGAUGUCAUGUGAAAUCUGAUUAUCACGCAUAUUUCAUCAGCCAUGGAAGCAUAAAAUCUGUGCAGAAGAGGGAUAAAAUCCCCUUAUUUGUUCCUGUGUGAUUGCACAGCCUGUCUCUCCUCAGUGUGUCUGUGUCUACUGACCUAAAUUGUAACUAGGACCACGUCUCUAUCGAGCCAUGAACUUAUUUUUCUGUAUUUAUUUAUUAAAAUGGAUUUAAUCAACAGGA